GCUGCCAGCAGAGAGGGGCUGACAUCCGAAACCGAUGCUGCCUGCCUCCCGUCCGAAGUUGUGGAUUAGCCAACUGUCGGCGACCGCUAAUGAACAAUCAUCGGACAUGCAUCAACCCAUCAAGCAGGAACAUUAGGAGGACCUCGGAUUGAGCCAUCAAUGUAUCGGCCCCAGAGAGCACAGCAUGAAGAAGUCAGUCCGGCCAGUGGUGAGUAAGGUGAGCGGAGAUCGAGGGAAGGCGGAGGCCACUGCGACCACUGGGAAGUCUGCAGUAAAGACCAACUCGACUGCACCUCUGUCCAAGGUGAAGAGCAAUGAUGAUCUUUUAGCUGCUAUGGCUGGAGGGAAUCCUGCAUCAAGUAGUGCCGUCACCAAGACCAAGAGGACCACCUCUGUUGGGACUAAUUCUAGCAACCUGGACAGCAAACCAAAGACAACAUCAGGUGCUUCAUCCAAGCGUACAACAUCUUCAGUCUCCAAGGAGCCCAAUUCAUCACGUGACCGUCUGCGGACAUCCAGGACGUCAGCCAAUAAAAAGCAGUCGGUGUCAGGGACCACAGCCGGAGAUGUGGCCUUGGGAAAGCGCUCUCGCAGCCAAAUACUGGCUGAGUCUGAAAGCCGGAUGAGCAAGUCUAAAUCAGACGGCCAGAUCAGUGACAAGGUGGCUCUGGAGGCCAAAGUGAAAGACCUGUUGGGUCUUGCUAAAAGCAAGGAUGUUGAGAUCCUCCACCUUCGCAGUGAGCUUAGGGAUAUGAGGGCCCAGCUUGGCUUGGGAGGGAAGGAAGCAACACCGCAGGAGGGAGCAGGGGAGGAAGAGAAGCCCCAGGUUUCAGCCAUCACAGCAGCUGAUGUGGAGUCCACUCUGAUUCUCUUACAAGAGCAGAACCAGGCUAUCAGAGAGGAGCUCAACCUGCUGAAGAGUGAGAACAGAAUGUUAAAAGACAGGCUCAAUGCUCUGGGUUUCUCCCUGGAGCAGAGACUGGAUGCCUCGGACAAGCUUUUUAACUACCCCUCCCUGAGCCCUGACCUGGCAGCUGGAAGUGGGCAGAGUGACGGUGGAGGAACUGGAACCCUCACCUCCUCAGUGGAAGGCUCUGCUCCUGGUUCUUUGGAGGAUCUGCUCACAGGACACCAGCAUGGAGGCUCAGCUGACAACUUGGACAGUGAAUCUAGCGAGGUGUACCAGGCUGUCACCUCCAGCGAUGACGCCCUUGAUGCCCCCUCUGGAGCCUCCUCGUCAUCAGAGUCUGAGUGCGCACCCAGCAGGGACCGCUCACGGAGGGGCAGUAGCGGCAAUGCCAGUGAGGUGUCAGUAGCAUGUCUGACAGAGCGUAUCCAUCAGAUGGAAGAGAACCAGCACAGCACUGCUGAGGAGCUCCAGGCCACCUUACAGGAGCUGGCUGACCUGCAGCAGAUUACCCAGGAGCUGAACGGAGAAAAUGAGCGCCUGGGUGAAGAGAAGGUGAUUCUCAUGGACUCUCUGUGUCAGCAGAGCGACAAACUGGAGCUGUACGGCCGACAAAUUGAAUACCUUCGCUCUCUGCUGGAGGAGCACCACAUAUCUUAUGUUCUGGAGGAAGACAUAAAGAGUGGGCGCUACAUGGAACUAGAGCAGCGCUAUGCAGACCUGGCAGAAAAUGCACGCUUUGAGAGAGAGCAGCUGCUGGGUGUUCAGCAACACCUGUCCAACACUCUGAAGAUGGCCGAGCAGGACAACGCAGAGGCCCAGGAGAUGAUUGCAGCACUAAAGGAGAGGAACCACCAGAUGGAGCGCAUCAUGGAGUCAGAGAGGCAAGGCCGAGCAGCCAUGGGAGCUGCACUGGAAGAGUACAAGGCAGCGGUGAGCAACGACCAGGCGGAGUUGAGCCGCUGCAGAGCCCAGCUGGACCAGGAGAGGCAGAGGGUGGCUGAGUUGUACUCUCUGCACACUGCAGGGGACAAAAAUGACAUCUGCCAGCUGCUGGAAGGAGUCCGUCUAGGGAAAGAGGAGGCAGAGGCCAAAGCUGCAAAGUUACAGAAGGAGCUGGAGCAAACCCACAGUGAACUCACACGGCUGCAGGAGACUUUCAGUAAGCUGGACAGGGAAUACAGAGACUUCCAGGAGCAGGUGCAGGAGCAAAUUGCUGAGCAGGCGCGUGCUCUGGAGAAGCAGCGAGUGGAGCUGCAGGAGAAAGAAACGGAGAUCGCAGAUAUGAAGGAAACCAUCUUUGAGCUGGAGGACGAGGUGGAGCAGCACCGAGCCCUAAAACUCCACGACAACCUCAUCAUCACAGACCUCGAAAACUCAGUGAAGAAGCUGCAGGACCAGAAGCAUGACAUGGAGAGAGAAAUCAAGAUUCUUCAGCGCAGACUAAGGGAGGAGUCAAUGGAGUGGCGUCAGUUCCAGGCUGACCUGCAGACAGCCGUCGUCAUUGCUAAUGACAUCAAGUCAGAAGCUCAGGAGGAGAUUGGAGAUCUGCGGCGCCGGCUGCAGGAAGCCCAGGAGAAGAACGAGAAGCUUAGCAAGGAGCUGGACGAGGUCAAGAGCCGCAAGCAGGAGGAGGAGAGAGGCCGAGUCUAUAACUACAUGAAUGCAGUGGAAAGGGACCUUGCUGCUCUCAGACAGGGCAUGGGACUCAGCCGGAGAUCCUCCACGUCCUCAGAACCUUCUCCUACUGUCAAAACGCUUAUCAAGAGCUUUGAUAGUGCCUCACAAGGUCCAACUCCCAACGUUACAAACGGUGCCACUGUGGCUCCAACAGCUUCAGCAGCCCCAAUGCCCCGCACCCCACUCAGCCCCAGUCCCAUGAAGACGCCCCCAGCAGCUGCUGUUUCACCCAUACAGAGACACUCCAUCAGUGGACCCAUGUCAGCAGCCAAGCCACUGUCCUCUCUGAGCGAUAAGAGGCCCAGCUACACCGACAUCAACAUGCCUGCUGAGCACCUCCUCAGGGGAUCAUCGGCCAGCAGGCCUCCAUCUGCCCUUCAGAGAGUCUCUAACAUGGACUCUGCCAAAACAAUCUCAGUGUCCCGCCGGAGCAGUGAGGAGAUAAAGAGGGACAUGUCUGCUCCAGAUGGGGCAUCCUCAACCUCUUUAAUGGCUAUGAGUGCUGCCUCCUCCCCACUCUCCCUGUCCUCCUCCUCCCCCACAGCCUCGGUCACCCCUACAGCACGCAGCCGUCUCAGAGAAGAAAGGAAGGACCCACUGUCAGCACUGGCCCGAGAGUACGGAGGCUCGAAGAGGAAUGCUCUGCUAAAGUGGUGCCAGAAGAAGACUGAAGGUUAUCAGAACAUUGACAUUACAAACUUCAGCAGCAGCUGGAACGAUGGACUGGCCUUCUGUGCCGUGCUCCACACCUACCUGCCUGCACACAUCCCCUACCAAGAGCUCACCAGCCAGGAGAAGAGGAGAAACUUCACUUUAGCUUUCCAGGCUGCUGAAAGUGUGGGCAUCAAAUGCACUUUGGACAUAAAUGAGAUGGUGCACACUGAGAGGCCUGACUGGCAAAGUGUCAUGACUUAUGUCACGGCCAUCUACAAGUACUUUGAGACCUGACUACAUGGUCUCAACCACCCUGCUCAUGCAGCACAGUCAGAGCCACACUAGCCCUCCUGAGCUCUCCAUAGCCAACUGUUAUACCUCACCUUCCCCCACACCACAGCGACACCCAGUUACUGCAUGACAGUUCCCAGCAUUAAGUAACACUAAAGGCAGACCACAACCUCAGCGGUCCCACACAUACAGCUACCCUAUCCUCCAUGCAGUGUAGAAUAAGGGCUUGCCUAUACAUCUACUGUGGUGAAGUCUGAUGAACAAAUAUGAACUGAUCAUCUCUGCCUUCAGUUAUCUUCUGAAGAAGCAGCAUGAAAAAGAAACCAAGUCUCAGUGCCUUCUACCUGGCUUAUAUUCCAUCCCUCCUUUUCCAGGUAUUUAAUUGGAAUUCCUGCAUUCCUGACUUCAGCGUGGUUGUUUGCCAUGAGAGUGGUUUUCAUCAGCAGUUACACUAAUUUUUCUUCAGUUUGUGGAUAUUUUGUGGAAAUUAGCAGCUUUCACAGAGUAUCAAACCAUAAGUUAGUCAUGUCGGAAUUCCCUAAAACCCUGAAGAUUCUCUCUGAAAGGAAUCCAGAUAGACACAGCCUUUUUGCACCAAGUCUUCCAGACGUCACAGUACGAUAUAGAUGCCUCUCUUUUAAAGGAUAAAGUGCCUGUGUGAGUAUUGAUGCAGGAGACCAGAGUGGUAGCUCCUGCUCUGGGCCAAUCAUUGUGGAGGCAUUAUUUUUUCACUACAGUUUAUGAAACUGAAGAUUCAAGAAGGUGUUGCCAAAUGUUUCAAAGCCUUUUGAUCAUUGAUUUCUGGCUAGUGCAUUAUCAGGACCUACGGAUGCUACAGAGAGCUACUACAUCAUCAUGAAGUUGUUUUUAAGCACAGAAAUAUGCCGUAUUCUGUUAAAGUAUCUAUACAAGUACUACACAUUUUGCUGAGUAGCACUUAUACUCUCUCAUGAUGGGUUUUCACUUAAAGAUCUGUUUAACUGAGCUAACAUUUAUCUAAUGCAUGUGGAGGGUAACACUCCACUAUUUCCUGUGCUGGUUUGCAUUAUAGAGGCUUACAGUUACCAUUUUACUCUGAGCAUAUACCAUAAAAAGAGCACAUAUUUAAGAAUCUGAAUCCGGUUAAGAGCAUUAAGUCUGAUAAAAUGUUUUUGAUCGAGGAUUAAAUUCUGUCUAAACAGAGAGCCUUAAGUGAAGUCUGCAUGAUCAGUCAAACUCAGCAUAUAGGAUUGAUAUUUGUAUCUCUUAUAUGUAUUUUGAACUAAAAAACUCAGUAGAUUAUCACCAGGAAGCCGCCAUGUUUUAGUCUGCACUCAAAGGGCUUUAGUGGUCCUCUGCCCAUACUAUUGCCAUGCAUGAGUCAUCCAUCAAAUCACUAUAUUAUGAACAUGAUCGCACUGUAGGGUGGAAUAAAGUAAUGAAGAUGUUACUCUCAGUGUAAAUCAAAGUGAAUGUAGUCAUAGAGGCAAAAAGAUGGCGUGUUGAGCUGAUUUUAUAGAGAGCUCAGAGAGAGAGAGAUAGAGUCUACCUGGGUGAGCACUCCUGGCUGCACAUCCACUUCAUAUCCCAAUAUCUCAGUGAUCACCUGAACCUUUCACUCUUUAUAUGCAAAUAACAUAGAGCCCAAUUCACCUUCAAUAGCCUUUAAAAGCAGGAAAUAAUGGCGACAUACCACAAACACCACCUCUGUGUUAAUUACCUCUAUUUUUAUGUACAGAGACUCAACUUAUAAAACACGGUGUUAAGCAAGUAGAGGUAGAGCUUUAAAAAUGAGACUGGUUUGUUUCACGCCAUCCAGAGAUAGUAAUUGCAAGCAUUUUUCUCCUAAGUCUUUGUAUAAAUGAAGAAAACUUAUAGGAUAAAUCCUUUCUGUUAAUAUCUAUGGUUGGUGUUAUUCACACAAUGCAGAUAUUUUGUUUUUGUUGAUGCUCCAUGUAGCCUGGUUUAUGCAUUAAAUGUCAAAAUUUAGCCAAAAUCACCUGGUCCAACUGUUUAAAUGCUCUGUUUGUACAUGCUUUAAUGUUUUAUGACAUGAGUCUCUGUAUACAUAAAUUGAAAAAAUAAGAAAAACAAAAAAGGGUACAGAUCUGCCUCAUUGGUUGCUCGUGUUCACCGUAUGUCUGCAUUAUUUCCUGCUGUUAAAGGCUAUUGAAGGUGAAUGAGGCUCCGUGUUUGUUUGUAUGUGAAGAGGAAAGUUGUUCAGGCGAUCACUGAGACACUGGAAUAUGAUGAGGAUCAGACCAGGUGUGAAUAGUGAUACUUAGAGCUAUAUGGAUGUCAACGGACAGGACUGCUCACCCAGAUAGGCUCUCUCGCUCUCUCUCUCUGUCUCUCUCUCUCUCUCUCUCUCUCUCUCUCUCUCUCUCUCUCUCUCUCUUCUUGCAAUCUUUUUGCCUCUAUGACUACAUUCACGUUUUUUCUUUUACACAGAGAGUAAUGUCUUUGUAAUUUUUCUCUUCCCCACUGGUACAAUCAUAUUCAUAAUAUAAAGAUCUGAUGGGCGACUAAUGCGUAGAAAUACACCUGGUUAAGGACUGCUGAAGCCCAUUGAUGUCACACUAUCCAGUGAAAUCAAAACAAGGUGGCCUCUUAGUGAGAUCUUAAGUUUGAGUUUCCAAAUAUGCAGAUAUCAUGGUUUUUUUUGUUCAGUAUAGAUUUAAGAGAUACAAAUAUCUAUCCAAUGAGAAGAUGUCUUAUCAUGUAGGGUUCCUUUUAAACUUGAUCUUGAAUAUGUAUGAUUCAUUAUUUGAAUACCAGCCGAACAAAAUGUAUACAUGAAGUCACUUUUGAAGUUCAGUGUCAUUGAGGAAUAAUUCCACUUAUUAAUAAAUUCUUGUUCACUUUC